AUGGCCUCGUUCGUCGACUCUCCGGGCCUUAUCGGCGGGGUAACUGCCCCGGCCCUGGGCACCUUCCCUUCUCCAGUCCUGUCUCCUUCUCUCUCUUCUUCCUGUCGUUGUAUCUCCUCUUCGUCUUCCUCCUCAGGACUUGAUCUCCGACUUGAUUCCGAGCGACGCCGAGCGCCGAUAGACGCCGCAUGCACAGGCGACGGCAUGCAGACUAAGACAGGCGGGACAGACAGAAGAACGCGAUUCUCUGCGGGCGUUGCGGCGCUCCAUGUAGGCCAAACAGAAGACUGCACGACCGGCGCUUCGCCCCUUAUCUCGGGUGAUGCAGGCCGUCUCUCUUCUCCCUCUGCCAACCAGAGAGAGAAGACGCCUCGGCCCACGAGACAGUCCGCUCCUCGCUGGGAACACAGAGAGAAGGGAGACGCAGAGACAGGAGAAGACACCGCAGCAGGCGACGAGAACAAGGAGACGAUAGAAGGCGUCUGGAUUGCCCGAGGAAUUGAUGUACCGGAUUUAAGUGCACAUCUCACCUGCGUCUUCCGCGCGUCGACACUCGAGGUUUUCAACACGUCCCCGUCUGUCCAAAUCCUCGCGGUCUCUGCGCCCGCCUCCGCUUCGCCUCUCACUGACCGAGUCCCUCUUGCCGACUCGCCAUGCUGUCGAACCUCCGGCAACUCAAACGGCCCUUCUCACGCGCCGAUCCAGCUCGAAAUGCCCUCGCGUCAACGAUCCCUCGCUCCAACCUUUCCGCUCCUGCUGCGCGUCCCGGUGCCCGCGCCGCUAGCCUCGCGAAAGCUGUUUGACGCCGGUGUCUUUUCCACGCCCUUCAGCACUUCUCAAGGCCAGCGUGGCUGCACCAGAUGUGCGCCGCAGUCGCCGAAUCGCAGGCUCGCCGGUCGUGAAAAGAAAUCUUUCUUUCGAUCCCUCGCGGCGUUUGCCUCGUCUCAGCCCUCGGCGUGGCGUGGGCUUUUCCCGCUUCGCUUCCCUUCGCUGUGUCACCGCCGGAAACAGCCCAGCCGCCCCGCCUUCGCCGUCUCCAUCAAAAGACCCAUCGACAAACGGGUCAGCCAGGAGAGGCGCGAACCUGCGCGACGACGUGCAGCCGGCAGAUGGCCCCCAGGCGGCGUGAACGAAGCGCGACAAGAGUGGAGCCUCGGGGCUCACAGGGCGAGGGACUCGAGCCAAGAGACAGUUGUCGUCUUUGCGUUCGUGACCGCAGAUCGACAGCUCCACCACGUCCGACUUCGCCUCCGGAGGGCGGGCGAGACGGGGGAAGACAGGCGGCUCUCCGGGGACCAGUCAAACGGAGACGAGGCCCCGGGCGACACGCGAAAGGCAGGCGUCUCGGUUGUCUGUGAGCUGCUAGACGUCGCGUCCGCGUCUCUGGAUGUUGAACUGUCCCUCGGUUCCUCGUGGGGCGUGGGGGGCGCCAGUUCCCCGCUGCCUGCACGCGUCGACGCCUCGAGACGAGCGGGAAGUGGGCCAGGCGACGCCCAUUCAACCCUCACCGCCAACAGCCACUUGUUUGUCGUCGAUGACCGAUCGCUGCUUCUCUCCUUCCCCGGCCUGGGCUGCUGGGGACUCCUCGUGAUGGGCGCUUGCGAGGGCUCUGCGGGCGAAGCUGGGCAAGCUGCCGAUCUCCACGAAGGCCUCGGGGACGGGCCAGAAAGUCGGAAGCGCCCUCGGCAGUCCCAUGACGACUUCGAAGGCACAGAGGCCACGGAGCAACGCAGCCCUUGCGGCGCCCGGUCUGGAAAGAGGCGCCUUGACGCGGCGCUCGUGCGCGCUUCCGACCCAGAAGGCGAGAUGGGCGAGAUACGGCACGCCGACGGCGUUUCUCAAGCAGCAGGGGCGACUGCAGCCGCAGCCAGCGGAGCCCCAGAAGACGGGCGCGGGGCCGAGACCUUUGCAUGCGCCUCUCGGCGCCCGCACAGGCAAGCUGUUUGGCUUCCCGCUCCCUUUUCUUUGCCUCCUCCGCGAGUCGCUUCUGCGCACAGCCGUCCCCACGGGGAGGCAGGGGUCUUCAGUCUCUUUGCGCCUUUCCGCGCGCUUCCUUUCUGCUCACCAGCCGACGCCUCAAAACGUGGAGGCCGCGAAGACAACCUCUGUCGUGGCAGCUCCGUCUCGGAAUCAGGGCGCGGACUAGAGAAGAACGUGGCGGACACGAGACGCAUCUGGGCGCGUGCGACGUUUGUGGCCCGGCUGGCGCCAUCCAGCGCCGGGUUCGAGGGCUGGCUGGGCGGCGGGCGACUCGCACAGCAUCAGGGGGGGAAACGAGAAGUGGGUAAAUGGUGUCUCUUUCGGAGGCGAAGCAGGGACGAAACGAAGGCUCCGAGUCCGCUUCUCCCUUUGCCAUCUUGCGGCUUUGAGCCGAGUCUUGAGGCGUCUGCGUGCGCCACCAUUUUUGUGGUGACUUGCGGCCCCGUGGGUCACCAGACGGGGAGGGCGGGCGACGAAGGCGAGAGCUUGGACGGGGCAAAGACGUGCGAAGAAUGCCGGGGCGGUGACGCGCCGGACGAAGACAGCCGUGCGCCUGACCUUGCAGGCGACGGGAGGAAAGGCGCACACAUGCACCAUUUGGGUUCGGAGGUCGAACACGGUCGUGCGCAACGUCUCUCUCCGUCGGCUCGUGCUUUUGACGGGCAGAGUGAAGAGAAAGAAGACGCGCCGUUUUCCCUUUCCGCCACCCUCGCGGAAAUCUGUGUUUGGCAAAUUGGCGUCUCUUGCACACUCGACUCUGUCCCCACACAUUCACGCUCCGACUCGUCGCCCUUUUCUUCGGCCGGUGUGUCUCCUGGUCGCUCCUCAUUUUCCCUGUUGGCGCGGCGUGUCCUGCGGCUCUCGCCUCCGGGCGACUAUGCGACGUGCUUCGGCCACGGCCAGCCGGACGGGGACACCGCACAGCCAACUGGCUUCUCGCCAGGCUCUGCCGCGACCUCUCGGCGCUCCGUCUUCCCUGUGGAAACACUGCUGAUUGCAGAGAACGCGCGCCUGGGAGCGAGGGAGGGCGAAGAGACAGAGGGUCUGGGAAACUCGGAACGCAGGUCGUGGAUCGCCGUGGUAGACAGCCGGGGCCGUAGCCACCUGCUGGAAUGGCGCGUGUGGGGCAUCUGCCGGGCGGCGGAGACCACAGAGAUGCAGGCAGACGCAGACGACCGCGAAGCGACGUUGGAGGAGGCUUCUGAGUCGUGCCUUGUGGGCACGGCCGGAUGCGCCUUAACCUACGUCGAAUGCAUUUCCUUUUCUCACAGCGAUGGUGCCAAAGCAGCAGGCGCAUCGCAGGGUAGGCAAAGCGAAAAUCGAUGGCCAGUGGCAAGGAGGACGACUUGCGAUGUGGGGCGUACACUCGCCGCUUCUCAAGCGCGGGAAGAAACAGAGGGACAGUGGCUGCUGACCGACACGCACCUGUGGCGACUUCCGUGGGGAAGCAGUGAAGAAGAGAGUUCUCGACAGGGACAUGUGGUGGGAAUGGGCCGUAGCGGUCGGGAGGGAACUUACGUGCAUGCGUUUCCUCUCCCGUCUUCGGCGCCUUGGAGAAAGAACGCGUUUCCUUCCCUUUCGGCCUUCCGCAUCCCCCUCGCGCACUCGCCCGCCCCGGAGCCGCCGAGCGGCGGUAUCUGGAGUCCCCAGACGUGUCGCGCUCGCCUCGAACACCUCCUUGCGUCUUUGCGGUCGCUCCGGUCUCGCUCACUGGUCUCCUUGGGGGCGGCGCCGGACACGUCGGCUCCCGGGACAGUCUCUUCCCGGUGGCGGGCCGCGGCGGUUCUCCUGGCGUGGGUCGCAAGAGCCUUGGAGCCUUCAGACUCGUCUUUGGGCGGCUCGUCGUGUUCCGCCUCCUCGCUCUGUCAGUUCUUGCUGUGCGCCGAGCAGAGAGACCCGGGGCAAGCGCGCUGUGACCGGGCGCAUCCCCACGACGUGGAGCAGAUCCCGGAGUCUGUCUCUCUGAAGCGUCUUUUGUGGGGCGUCACCCUCCUCACGGUGCAGAGGGCCGACUCGUGUGCCUGCGGUCGUGCGUCGGGAAACUCGUCGCCUUCUCAUUCGCCGUCUUCUCGUUCGCCUCCUCAUUCUUGGUCACGGUCCCGUUCCGUUUCGCCACAGAGGCGAGAAGACAAGCGCGCUUUCCUCGCUGAUCCGCUCCUGGCUGCUGUGACCGCGAGUAUCGUGCUUUGCCGAUUCUUGGUGGACACGCUGGAUGCGGGUUCCUCCGCGCUCGCGCCGCUGUGCGCGUCGGUCGCUGGCGAGAACCGCGAAGGCUCGUGCAAAUGGAAAAGGUCAAACGCCCAGCAACUGCGCUUCCUUGUGUCUGGGCGAGCUGAGGCGGGCGGCUUCUUUCUGGGCGCCUCGCGGGUCUGGUGGGAGGAGCUGGAGAGAGAAAAGAGGAUUCUCGACUGUCGGGAUAAAGGCGACGAAGGCUUGCUGGAUACGGACAGAAAGGCUGGGAUUGAGGCGGGUGGGGGAAGAUGCCAAGCCGCGAAAGUGUGUUCUGCUCCGGAGGGUACACAGACGGCGUGUGCGCUUCCGAUGAUCUUCUCGUAUUCGUCGCUUCCCGCCUUUGUCGUCCAAAACUCGUCCACUUGCCGUGAAGCCUCGCCUUCGACUUCUUCGUUUCUCUCCCCCCUCGGGCCCCUCGCGGCUUCGCUGUCCCUGCUUCGUCCAGCGACGUCUCUACCAGAAUCGAUUCUUCUCCAACUCGCCUCUCUGGCGCGUGCGGUUGGAGAGGACGCGCAUGCACUCGGUCUCGAGAGCGCAGAACUCACCGACGAAAACGGAUACCGAGGGUUCUCACCAGACAUCGAAGCAGCGUGUGGUGUAGAACGAGGCUACGAAAGCGAGGCGGAGACGCCUCAGCCGGAGGGCGACAGCGGGGAACCAGAGGGAGGGAGCAGGAUCCCAGAUGAAGCCACACUCGCUGAAUGUUUUUUCUUGCUGCAUGCGCAGCCCGAACCCUCCGGGAAACCCGGUCCAGUCCAGAAGCGCGUGGCGCGUCGCUCUUCGUCCCCGUCCUCACGGGGCGGCGUCUCGGUGCGGCCUACGCGCCGUCGGAAGGCUGGGCUGCAGGCUGCGCGUGAAAGCCGCGACGCUUCCGAGAGCGAAAACGAUGGCGAGGAGAACGGGGCUGUGCGAAGCACCAGCAGAUUAAGACUGCCAGUGACUGAAGCGAGAGAGCGCGCGGCAACAGAGAGACUCAACCCUCCCGAGUGCUCAGUCGCCUCGGCAGCUGUCCACGCUCGUCAAAUUCUGUUUCCGGUUGACGAUGCGCGGAAGGCUACAGAUCAAAUUCGACACGAGACAGUCGGCGACGAGCUCCAUGUGACGGGCCGUGACCACGAGGAAGCGAAUGAAGAGAACCCGGUGGUUUUGGAAGCUUGGCAUCUGUCUGCUCUCCAGCGUUUUUUUCUUCGGUGCAUGCAGCGCGAAACGGGCGGGAUAUCGCCUCUCACACGAGACACGCAUGCGACGUGGCCUAGAAGCAUCCUCAUACGCGAGGUCCCUGAAACGGCGUUUUCUGUUUUCCGUGGCCUGGCGCGAGAAGACCGGGCUCGGACUGGAGGGGGGAGCAGAGAAGGGGGAACAGACCGCCAGAGAGGCCACCCAGGCGCGCAGAGUGAAGGAGAGAUCGAGCGAACCAUUGAAACUCUCCUUCGCCUCUCGUCUGCGCCUUCCUGGCGCAUUCUGCUCGCCGGGUGUCUCCGACUCGAAGCUUCCCUCGCCCUCGCACGUGUCGUGGAGAGUUGGAGCAACAGCCAAAAGGGAAAGACAGAAGGCAGCCGAGAAGAACGUGAAGUGGACGCCGAUGACAGCGCCACAGAAGACGAAUGGCUUAUCCAUGAUCUGUGGGUGCCAAGAUUAGACGACGUUGAGAGCCUUCUUCGCCGCGUUCUAGGCAGAGGGGAAAGCGGGACGAGUCAGCGGGAGACGCCCAGCAGCAACACAAGGAAAGGCGCCGAAGACGGCCAGAAAAGCACGAAAGACAGGAACCGCCAGAAUCGUGGACAAACCCGGUGUGCUCUUUUCAGCACUUGCUCCUCCGUUACAUCGGCACUGCGCCUGCUGAAGUCCGAUACAAGCCUGCUCGACGUCCCCUCAACUGCCGAGGGAGAGUCUCCUCUCGACGCCUUUCUGGUCUUCAGAAGUCGUGUGAAUCGCUUGGUUGACGCUCUGCUCUCGCCGCUUCUUCGCCAGUCUCCUUCUCGCGGGCAUCUCGCCCCUCCGCUGCUUCCCCAGUCUCCGGCCCCCGGGUUGGACCUAGCGAGUGUAGCGCCGCCGCUCCCGUCGCUCUUUCCGCUCUCGUGGAGUGGCCAGGAACGCGCUGCUGUCUCCUCCCAGCAGGGCUGCUCCGACCGAGUGUUGCCGUCGCUCUACCGAAGUGGCGCAGCUCACAUUCUCUCUUUUUCCCUCUUUCCGUCCUCUGUUCGAAAAGAACUCGGUUCGGCGUCGCCCUCCGGUCCGUCGCCAGCCUCGUCCCUCGACGCCUGCCUGUCUCUCCUCCCGUUCGCGAGCGUGGGUGGGCAUUGCUGGGGGCGAUCGGCCCUACCUGUUCGACGGGGGCUGCCGAGCGGCGAGGCCGUCGCGCUGCCUCCCAGGGGACCACGAGAGGCGCCGGGACAUGCGAGGCAACACGCGUGCGCCGCGACGACCUCGGAGGGGCUGCUGGACAACCCGCCGUUCGCCAGCCGUCUGGAGGAGCUGCUGUCGCCGCGUGGGGACUCGGGGCGCGCGGCGCCGUCUCAGGCUCGGAGCGGACGCAGCCACGCUGCCGAGUACCAAGAUGCUAUCUUCUCUGCCUUCUCCCGCCUCGGAGCACGCGUGGUGGGCCCUGCGCUCGGCAGCGCCGUCGUCGGUUCCUACUUUCUUCUCGCGGCUCUCGCAGCCAGCACGGACUGGGCGAUUGCGGCCGUCCUCGCUGCGUCGGGGACUCCCGUGGACAUCGGCACGGCCGGAGCCCUCGAGCAGAACGAAAGGUUUCGCCUCGCCGUUCGCCUUUCGCUCGAUCCCUGUCGCUCUCCCGCGUCGUCCUGGGACCCGCACCUGGCCACCGGCGAUGGUAGGGACUGCAGUCCCGAGUCACAGGCUCAGGGAAGGCAACAGAGACACAUCUGCAGCCCGCACCCUGCUCUCGAGAGAAAGAACGCCUUUUCUCUGGAAGCGGACCCCCAAGCCUGGAGGUCGGCUCUGCGCGGCGACGCUUCCCGCUCUUCCUCUCCUACCUCGUGCGUCUCGUUGGGUGUCUCUGGUGGCCUGGAGUCCCGGCGAGCGGUGCACGGCCCUGCGACGUCCGAGGACGCCGAUGGAGACACCCGCGGUCGCACCGGAGACAGUGAGCGAGCCCAGCGAAGACGGCCGCGAAGCGAUGCGUCGCCCGGCGGCUUCUUCUCCCCCCGCUCGUAUGGCUCCUCGUCGCCCGCAGGCAGAGCUGAAACCUCGCCAGGCGCUGGAGCGGCGGCGAACCAGUCCCUGCACGCGCUUCAGACAAGCAUCGACGGCUCAUGCGCGUUUCCUCCUGCCUUCUCUCCCGCGUUCCCUCUCCUGCUUCUGCACGUUUGGCGCGCGGGCCACGCGGCGGCUCUCCGGGCCACUAUGCGGCGCAGAGAGAGAACCGAGAGCGCGAGAGACAGAGCGAAGAAGUGGGGAAACGACGAGAGAGAGGAAGGCGCAGAGGACUCCGAGCUCUCAUUCGGUUCACGUUGUGCAGCCGACCCGACAGAGACCAAAACAUCCUCUCCCCGCGCAGAUGCAGCUGACACCUCUUCGUUCCUCGCCUUCUUCCUUCGCGCGCUUUGCCAGCAUACCUUGCCGUCGACGCUUCUCGCGAGAGCCGAGGCAUCUGAGACCCUCGCCUCGGUUCUCGCGCAGUCCCCUCUCGCUGAGCAUCGGGUGGCAGCCCAUGCUUUGCAGAUCUGGGUACUGCUGACGAGUGUAUCUCUCUUCGCGCACCCCUCCGCUUCGCCGUCUCCCUCGUUCGCCCUUUCGCCUCCUGUUUUCUUCCUCCUCUUGGGACGCGCAGCAUCUGAGGUGCACAGCCAUGCUCUCGGCGCUGUGCUCGAGACAGGCCAAUCCUUCUCGCUUCUCCAGAAAACCGCCUCAACUCUCUGCGCAGCCCCUUCUGCCGCUGCCUCCGCGUCUCUCCUACGCCCCUUCCUUCGCGUCCUUUCUCCCUGCUCGCCCUCAAAAACACGCCAUCUCGGCCAUGCGACAGCGAGCGCAGCCCGCUCCGAAACGGAACAGGACAGCGUGGACGAAGAAGAGCGCUUCCUGGCUAGAUGUUGUGUGAGUGUUUUGAGGAAUGGCGAGAACCAGCGUCCACCAGCCGCCGACGACAGGUUUCUCGUGAAGAGUCUCGAGGCGCUUCUCCUUCUGCGCCUGUCUCGGCAUUUCGACGCGUUUUUCCCGUUUUCCGCCACGCCAUCUCUCGCUGCCUCCCCUACAGCGUCACCGCCUCCUUUGCUUCUUCCUUCACGCUUCCACAACCCCACCGCCACGUCGUGGUCCGUUUCAGAGACUCCAGGCAGCCCCCGCGGACGCGACGCGUUUCACGUGCCAGGCUCUUGUUCUUCCCUCUUUCCCUGUUCCUCAGCGUUUGUCGCUCAGUGCAGGGCGUCUUCCGCCGUCGCCACACGGAGUUCGCCGUCUCUCAAAGCUCUGGUUCUCCAGUCGGCAGCAAGAGCAGCUGCAGAGGCCAGAGAAUCUCUUCUUCUCCCCCGCAACCCUGACUCCCUGAUCUCGCCAAUUUGUUCCCGGGACGCGUCGCCAACUCGCUCUCCGGGGCCUGUCCAGAACGUCGCAGCGGCCUUCGAGGGCGAAGUGUGGAACCAACUCUUUCUCGCCUACGUUGCCUGCGGCCAGCUCUUCGGGGCCUUGGAAAUCCUUCCCCGUUUGUCUUCUGAGCGCAAGGAGACGGGCGUGCUGGCGAUCCUCGCCUUCGUCAUUCGGGCGCGGCUUCGAAGAGGCGACCCGCAGAGAGACGAAACGGAGGACGAGGCCGAUGGGGCAGCGCCUGUGGAAGACGAGACGAAACAGCGCAGGGAGAGGAGCAGGCGCGGAUCGUGGGAAGCAGGUGGGGCGGUCUCCCCAGGCAAAGAGGAUGGCAAUCGAACCGAGCCGGGAAACCCGGCGAGGGAUCGGCAGCGCUCACUCGCGCCGGCCUCAGCCUUCGUCGAAAAGAAAGCCGAAGUAGAAGCACUUGCCGACUUUUCUCUCGAGACUCUCAGGCGCGCAUGCACGAAACGCCUCAAUCUGUUCAUCGAUCAGAUUCUCUUCAGGGCCGCUCUGGCGACGCAUGCAGCGACGGGGCCCGCCCGGGAGGCUUACGAGCUUCUCAAACAAGAUCUUUUGGCCUCGUCUCGGUUCGAAGACGCGGUGCGGCUCGCCUUCCUUCACGCGGCAUCCAUUCGAGCGUCGUGUGCUUCCCCCGUCUCGGCGCCCGCCGUCCGAACUCCGUGCCCCUCUUCUUUCCUUUCCUUCUUCUCUUCUUUCCCGGGGUCGUCUCCCCACAGCCCCCUGUCUCCUUUGUGUGGGGCUGGCGAGGCCCCGACAUUCAACGCGGUGUUUGGGUAUCUCUACGGGGGCGCGGCAUCGUCUCCGGGGCUAGCGAGGCUCUCAGACGCCCACCUUCACAGUGUGACGGGUCACCGAGGAAGGGGUGCCUUCGCCUCGGGCGCCGCCGCCGUGCCCGCCGCGCUCUCCUCUGCAUGCGCGAAAGAGGACGCCGUGGCAGUUGCAGAGCUCGACUUCCCUUCCUGGACCCUCCUGGGGCUUGGCGAGCUGCAGCGCCUGAUGGAGACCGGCACCGAGGGCGAGGACGGAGACGCGCCUGGGAGAGAGGCAGGCGACACUUGCGCCGGGACGGAGCGCGCGUCUCUCGCUGGAUCAUGCUUUUUGUUUUCGCGGCAAGGCGCAGAAAUCCAACGGCCUCACAAACUUCAGAGCCGAGCCGCAUCCGGGAAUCGAGCGACCGUCGCGCGUUCUCAUUCCACCUUCUCCGAGCGCGUGUUUGAUCCGGCAGUGUCCCUGGAGGCCGUGCUCGAGGACCUUACGUUGUGCAGCAACUUGUUGUGCUGCUUGUCGUCUUCGUUUCUGUUUCUUCCUCCCGUGCUUCCGUCGCUUUUUCUUCCCCUCACGCCUUCUCUCUCGGGCUCGACGGCCGACUCCGUCGGCGACGUGUGUGUACUGGUUGCGCCUAACCCGCACGAAGCCGGCGAGGGCGAAGACAUGACAGAUGACGAGAGCACGCCCGUGAACCUUGACCAGUUUGCGUCACCCCUCCCCGACCUCUGGGCCUCCUCGCCUUCUUCGCGCGCAUCCGCUCUGUCUGAAGCCUCGUUUCUCUCCGCGGCUCCAUCCCCCGCUGCGGCGAUGCAUGCACGCGCCACCCCGGAGGGAGAGGAAACGGAAGAAAACAGGCGACGCAGCUCUUCCGCGAACCAGCCGCCCGCGUUCACUCAGCUUGUACCGGCGACGGCGACACUCCUGGUGGAUGACGAGGGAUCCGCAGCUGCGGGGCGUCGAACCCAAGCACAGGCGCAUGCAUUUUCCACGACCUUCUUAAAUAAACUUGUGGAACUGACCAGAGGACGCCUGCUGCUUCUCUCCCAGACGACAGACGCGGCCGAGGUCUUCAGCCACCAGCCCUGGAGCCUGGAGGGCGCAGAAGUCGUGGUACAACUGGGAUUCGCGGGCCGCCUGGCCGACGCCGUCCAGCUCGCCAGUCAUCUGGAGCUUGAUCUCCUUCUGCCUUUCCUCUCCUUCGUGUGUUUUAUUCUCCGGACCUACGUCAUCGUAGUCGAUCCGCUCGCGCCGGCUUCUUUCUCCUUUUCGUCUUCCCUGUCGCCUCCGUUCUCUGCGUUGUCUCCUCCGCCGUCGACACGGCGCGCCGCCGCGCUCUUUCCCCCCGGCGGCGAGUCGGCCGCGGGCGGGAGGAGCAGAUUCCACUCGACCUCCUUGUCGGUGUCUUCCUUGCUCGCGGCGCAUGCAGCCGAAGAGAGAAGGCGAGGGGAGCGAAGGCACAUGGGGGGAAAGAAGCCUGCAGACCGCGUCUCGAAUCGGCAGCGCGUCCGCGCAGAUCUCGAAAACGAAGAAGCCGGGCAAGCGUUCGCCAGUGACGCCGACGCAGACCCCUUCCUCACGAGUGUGCACGGCGCCGAAGAAGAAACGACGGAAGAAGAGGCGCGGCGAGGAGCCUACUCGUGUUGGCUAGAACUGGUCAAACAGCUCCACCUUCGUUUCCUUCGAGUUGACAAACAGUUGCGUUCUCACCCCUGGCUGCAGCCGCUUUCACAACUUGGACGGGAAACCGCAGAGGCUGACGCAGCGCAGGGGGUGUUCGGCGAACCAGUGGCAGCCUUUCCCUUCCCCUGCGCGGACGGACCCUCGGAAAACGCGACGCUUGACCCCUUCACGCAGACAGCUCUCAGAUUCACCGGCGGAAGGUCCCCGGCAAAAGUCGAGGAGGAGGGUGCGACUCGACGCCUGCAUGCAAGUUUGCUGAGCGAGCUGCACACUGUCACGCGACAGUUCCCCCACGCGAUCCCAUCUUUUGUCUUUGAAUACCUGCGAGCAGCCUCCCUGCCGAGCCACCCUGUGGAGGCUCUCGGGCAGUUGCUCAGAGACGACCGCCUCGGAGACGCCUUCAACCUCGUGAAGCAUCACUCGCGCUUCCGGCUCCGGUCGCGUUCUUCCGUCUCUGCUGCGACGGACGGAACCUUGGCAGACUGGAUCGCGUCGUUGCCGCCUACGGGGAGACCUGGCGCCUUCCGAAUGACAUUCCUCGCUCUGAGCUUCCCUCUCGUUCUUCAGCUGCAUGCGCGCCUCGAAGACAUACGUAUGCGGCCUUCCAGCGGCGGGGGCGCCGGCAAUAACGCAGGGCGAGAAGACGAGAGCGAGACAGCUGCGAGACUUUUGCGGGAACUCGGACAAAUUCUGGCUGACUAUCAAAAGGCAGCGCGGAUGGUGGACCGUGACGCUGCGUCACUCACUGCUCUGGCUCUGCGACCUCCCGUCGUCUCGGCUUCUCUCUCCUCUUCGGCGGCGUGUACCUCGUCGCGUGUCCUAUGA